AGUCCCGCAUUCCUCCCGCUGCCCCGCCGGCUCCCGCAGCCCUCCCGAGCGAGUCCCGCAUUCCUCCCGCUGCCCCGCCGGCUCCCGCAGCCCUCCCGAGCGAGUCCCGCAUUCCUCCCGCUGCCCCGGAGGAGCGGCUCCUCCGCGGGCAGACGCGGUGUGCCGGCCCCGCUGUCCGCAGCCUGAAUGGUAGCUGAGCCGCAGGAGACUGUCAGAGUAAUGGUCUGUUGAAUACUCCCUUAAGAAUCAAGGCAUUAUAAUGGUUCUCUUGCAUGAACAGUUACUCUGCCUGUGAUCACUUGAAGGAACAGAAAAAGAAACUGGUCUCUUCUGUCCUUGAGCAAUAUUGUUAAUGGGACAAACAAGUGGACGUCAAGAAACAAAUAAGAAACCAGAAGUGGCACCAAGCGAGAUCAUGGAGGCAGAAAUUGAAAUACAAAAUAAUAAAGAGGAAACCAAAGAGGUGAAGGCCAAAAACCAGAAGCUGACAUCAGUCUUUGGUCUGGCAGACUUAAAAAAUGAAGCUAUUGGACUGUACAACCUUGGGCAGAGCUCCUGUCUGAACUCUCUGCUCCAAGUGUUCCUCAUGAACAUAUGCUUCACAAGGAUACUCCGAAGGAUCACAGUGCCACCAUCUCCUGCACAGAGGAGGAACGACGUCCCCUACCAAAUGCUCCUGCUGUUGGAGAAAAUGCAGUGUGGCAAGUGCAAAGCUGUUGGUCCCACAGACCUGGCUUGCUGCCUUUCAGAGCACAGAGUGAAAUUGUUUGUGCAGCAUGAUGCUGCUCAGCUCUUUCUGACUCUCUGGAACUUGUUAAAGAAGCAGAUGAAAAAGCCAGAGCUGGUUAAAGAGCUGAGUGAUUUGUACACGAUCUGCAUACAGGAGCAUCUGGCCUGUCAGAAGUGCUCUUUUGAAGUAAAGAACAACAGCACCAUGUUAACCCUUCCACUCCCAGUGCUGGAUGCCAAUUCUCACAGGCUGAAGACUCUGGAGGACUGUCUGCAAUACUUCUUCCAUCCAGAGGAGUUGACUGGACAAAACAUGUGUUUCUGUCAACAGUGUGGGAGAAAAACAACUUUUCUGCAGAGCAUGAAGCUCACCCAUCUGCCACAGACUCUGGCCUUGCACCUAAAGCGCUUCUGCUUUGAGAAAUCCUCUCGUACGCACAAGCUGAGUCUCCACCUGCCAUUCCCACAAGAACUGGAUCUCAGGGAAGUCUUGACAGAAAGUCAGUGCCAAGCAGAUGACAGUGAAAAGGCUACCUGGCAGUUUGAGCUCUUUGCUGUCGUUGCUCAUUCAGGAUUGAGCAGCUGUGGGCAUUACUGUGCCUACAUUCGGAGCCUCACAGACUGUAAAUGGUAUUGCUUCAACGACUCUGAGGUUUGCCAGGUAUCAUGGGAUGAUGUUAAAUGCACCUAUGGACAUUCCAACCUCUACUGGAGAGAAACAGCCUAUCUCUUGUUUUACAUGAAAAAGCACCCUCAGCAGCCCUGGCCAGGAGUAUCAGAAUGUCUCUGAAAGCUGUGCAUUGUCCAUGGAGCUCAGCACCUCUGUGCCAGUGAGAACA